AUGCCUAGCCCUCCGUCUUCCGCCCUCAACGGUAGUGUUGAACGCAAUGGACGACCUUCACAGCCAACCGACACCAGACCCCCAGCUCGUCGAGCAGACCAUAACUCGGAGCACAAUCCCUUCGAAGUUAGUUUUGGCGCCCCAAGCAACCCACGCAAGUCGACUCCCCCCAGCGACCAUGAAGCAGACAAGAAAUCGAAACCAAUUGACCGCCGCACCUCGUCUUCACCACGUCCAACGCUACCACCACUAGCCUCUCUGGCCUCACCCGCAGACCAGUCUACCUAUUCCUGGUCGUAUCUAAACAAUUCCCUGCGAUCUGGGCCACUCUCUCCAGCAAUGCUCGCGGGUCCACAGAACAAUGAUGGCCCAAAUCAUAUACAGUUUGACCCCACCUCGUUCCGCACAGGUCUCACUCCAAGAACCGGCCUUACUCCACGAACUGGUCUGACCCCAGGAUCUGGUCUUACUCCAAUCGUUGGCGGUCCUUCCGCUUUCCCUCCCACACCAGGCACCGCAGCUUUUAUGGCCGCCAUGACACCCAAUACUAUCAAUGCCAUCAAUGGUGUUCUCAACGGUGGUUAUCAGCCCCAGGAUGCGCCGUCACAGAACCAUGAAUACUCUUCCAAUGCAGCCACGAGCAAUGCGGCAAAUGGCUUGUUCCUUCUCUCCCAAGCUCAUCAGGAACUCACAAAACGUGAAGAGGCUGCUCGCGGCAAUGGGACGGUUGAUGCCGCAACCAUGAACCCUCCUCCACCCGCCAAACGAGGGACAAAGCGAAAAAACUCUUCCGUCACAUCCGAAGUAACCCCGCCCCCGCCCCCUCCUGCUCAACCCCCAAAGAAGCGUGGUCGGGCUGCUUCCAACGGCAGGUCUCUAAAAGAAAUAUCGGAGGACGACGAUGACGACGACGAAGAUUUGGAAAUGAUGGAGGAAGAGCCUGUUCGUACUGUGCCAGGGCGCUCACGACAGAAAAAACCAGAAACUGAGGAGGAAAAGCGCAAGAAUUUCCUGGAGCGCAACAGGCAAGCCGCCCUCAAAUGUCGUCAGCGCAAGAAGGCCUGGCUCCAAUCACUGCAAACCAAAGUCGAAUUCCUCCAAAACGAGAACGAGCGGUUAACGUUGCAAUUGGUCGCGUCUCGGGAGGAGAUUUCGCGACUAGGCGCACUGGUUGGCGCUGCCGCUGCUGGGCCCCAACCGAACGGCCCACCAGUUAGCGUCAAUGUUUCAGUACCCAAAGUCCCAGUCGCUGCUACCAAUGGUCGCGGCGGCGGUGGGUAUGGGUAUUGA